CACUGAAUCUGACGUUAGUCAAAUGUGAUUUUUGUAGGUUACGUUACGUUCCGUUAAAUUUGUUAAACACGAAGUUUUGACACGAUAAUGGCAUGAGCGACGCGUGGCUUGAAAUGAAUUUGGAAGAAUGAAUAAUCGCUGGUGUAAUUAUACCGAGCUGUUGACGACGGUGAUUAUGAUAUUGAUCGUAAAAUGCGAUUGUAAUCAGGUGCCAAAUAUCGAUUGCAACAACCUCAGACUCGGCCAAUACAUAUGCCCGCAUCCAGACUACGAAUUUAUCGACCUUAAAACUCAACAGCCGAAAGGAUGCACGAAAGAAAACAAGGCCAAAGUCACCUGCCUUGCCGCUACAGAUCUGGUGUGCGAAGAGUCCGGAAACAACACGUUCAAAAAAGAUAUACCGUGCAAAUGGACAAACGGGUAUUCCUUCGAGACGUCGUUGCUGCUUUCGAUAUUCCUUGGAAUGUUCGGAGCAGACAGAUUUUAUCUCGGUUAUCCGGCGUUGGGUCUGCUGAAGCUGAGCACUUUGGGAUUUCUGUUUGUUGGUCAAUUUUUCGACGUUAUACUAAUAGCGACUCAAGUAGUGGGUCCCGCUGACGGUUCGCAUUACGUAAUGCCGUAUUACGGCGCUGGGAUUACAGUGAUCAGAAGUGACAAUUUUACAUACAAAUUACCGCAGGAUGAUUGGUGAGACAUAGGGGGUUGGGUCUGGGGUGUAUUUGUUACUUAACUGCACGCUGAUAAUAAUAAAUUGAGUAAGUAUGACGCAAAACGAUGGCAGGCUUUCAUGUGAAACACAAUACGGCAUAUGCGCUGUGAAUAUUAUGUGAACGAUUCUUGUGGGAAAAGCGUCAUAGUUUAUGCAAAACAAUUUUGAUGAGGCUACUCUGUAUUGACUCCGGAAAAAAAAAAAAAAAACAAAGACCCUAUUGUGUACUUGUGAAAUACAAAAGUAUCGUAGGACGACGAUGGAGAUAAAUUGCAGGGAU